AUGCACCUACGCAGGAGGCUCCCUGCAGCGUCCAGCUUGCGCUCAACACUCUCGGCAAUAGUGUUCAUCGGCUUACUUCCGUACAUCGCAAACGCUCUCCCUCUGGGCCUAUUCCCCCGCCAAACAACGACGACGACGGGAACAACGUCGAGCACAGUUCCCGGCAAUGUAGUAUUCACGGGGACUGGGCUGUGUGUGGUGCCGGCGCCGUGGACCCAAAUUUUGUCCUUUUUCGUCACAAAUUACAUCGCGCGUAUCGCAACAUUCAAGAAGACAUCCGGCUACGAGGGAUCGCGCGACUACUUUCGCACCAUCAUAUCGCUAUUUGUCCCAUUCUUUGGUAUCAGUCAGGCCGCCAGUACUAUCGCUCGGGGAAGCCGUUUUCUGGGGAAAGAUGAAAUUGGCAAGGCACUACACGCUGGGACUCUCUGCAUAGUGCAGCGGCAACAAACAUGGAGGCCGAAAAACGGCGACGUGAUUCGUGGCUGCACGUUCGAGGAACCCUCGAAAAGAUCAAAAAAGAAGAACAGGUUCUCAGGCUCACACCAUAGGGAGGAGGCAGUACUCUGUAUCGAGGCCCCGAAUAUGGAGGAAAUAGUGAAUCCCACGAAAUGGAAGAUUCAGGGCCAAUACAACCUCCCCAACGGGUACGGCUUCGCAAAGCUACCCCCGGGGACCUCUCUAGGCGCCAUUAAUCCUACAACCGAUCGCAGUACAAUCGUUAUCGCUUCCUCCUAUGGAACUGCAAAGUCCUUCCUUGGUGCCCUCCAGAUUCUAUUCUCCAUAUACACCCUCUACGGCGCCUAUGGCGCACAGGUCACAAACUACGGCUAUGCCGCAUUCGGAUUUUCAGUCAUUCCUUACACAAUCAUGUCUUUCCUCAACGCGAUCGCAAACAUCAUCGAGGCGGACUACGACACCCUCUUCAUGGUCGAGAGCGAAGUGAUGGUCGAGGCCUUCGGGCGCACCAAGGAAGAGUUUGUCGGCGCCGUAGGGGCGCUGAUCCCAGACGUCAAUCGACGGGAGUGGACCGACAUCAAAUUCAAGCGCCACAAAGAGCGAGGAAUGUACGCGUACGAGCUCGACGCCAACGACGAGGAAACAGGGAGGAAAUGGAAGGUGGUUGAAGCAGAGCCACUAGGCGCUGAAUUCGCACUCGCGGCACAACGAUUCGAUCAGCCUGUAGGGAACCCGCAGCACGCACUGCCAAUGAUACAGCAGAAGGAGCCGGUGUCGACAAGCCACUGCACCAAAAUUAUUAUUCCGGGCGCGGGCCAGUAUCAGCGUAAGAAGAAAGAGGUUAAGAAGUCGAACCGUUUCUAUCACCAGUCGGUAUCUAUAAUCAUCAUCAGCGCUCUUAUCCUGCCGUACAUUAUUCUUGGUGCAUUGUCGAGGUUUAAGCCGGAGGGAAGCACGAUGAGGCAGAGGACAUUUAUGAUGGGAUGGUUAGUGUCUGGCCAGGUUCUUGGGAUUCUCGAUGUGGCGGAGACGAAGGGUGGGAGGAAGAAGUGGUGGAGGCUGAUGGAGCUGCUGACGGAGACAAUCAUUGUCAUCAUUGGGUUUGCAUUCUCGAUCGGUGGUUUUAUAGAGGCGGGGAGGAUGAUGAGGAACUUUGGCUUUUGCCUGAGGUUGUAG